GUGCGUACAGCGCUGCCCGCACCUGUUCCCUCCUUCACCUCCUCCUCCUCGUCGCCCACCUAGCUGCCGCUCGGCCGUCCCCGCCGCCUUUGGCAGCGGUAGCAGCAGCCGCAGCGCACAGCAACAUGUUGCCCAGGGAAUCCUCGUCCAUGCCGCCGCCUCCCAACCCCGCUGCCUACUUCCCGCCCCCCCGAGUUACUUUGCCCUCCGGCCUGGAGAUCCUGCGCACCUACUCGGGAGCCGUCAUCUUCCUGGAAAUCCUGUUUGGAACUCUGGUCUGGAUUUUGGUGGCUGCUACACGAAUUCCCCUGCCGCUGCUGCAGGGAUGGGUAAUGUUUGUAGCGGUGACUUCGUGGUUCCUGUCCAUUGUGUUCCUGUGUGUGUUCCUCUUUGGUUAUGCAAAUAGGAUUGCUGUCAACUGGAACCAGACGGACUUUCUUUUCCAUGGGACUACUUUUGUCUGUUACUUUGGAGCUUUCCUGCUGCAAGCAGCAACCACAUCUCUGCAUCACUUUCCUCGCAAAUUCAAUUCUACUGCUCAAGAGAAGAUUCUGUCUGACCAUGAAUAUAACAUCAGCAUAGCAGCCUCGAUUUUUGCCUUUGCAACAGCUAUUUGUUAUGGCUGCAGCACAGCCCUGGCCUUGAGGAGAUGGAGGCUAUAGCAGUUGAAGAGAGGUUAAUGGCUGAGUGUUCCACUUCAGAUCCAAUUAAGUGCUACUUGUCUGUUUUACUGUAAUCUAAUUCCAAAAGAGACUUUGCUUAAAAUCUGUUUGAAAAGUGCUGAAUUGCAAAUAACCCCUGACCAGGAUCUCCUUAACAGAAGUUUCCAUCUCUUUGUUUCCUGAUUUUUUUUUUUACCUUACUGUGUACUCAUUGGAAGGAUGCUCCACAGGGCACAGGGAUGAACAGCUGUGUCAUUAGCAGAUCACAGAAUUCUUUGUGUUAAAUCAGAAGAGGAAGGAAAUGGAAGCUCAACCAACAUGUUAAGAGCAUAGGCAGCUAAAAAGCACCCAUCUUGUCAAGUCGUUGA